GCGGACCGGAACACCCGCGUACGUACGAGGAAUGGCAUCACGUGGGACGCGUUCAACGCGUUCGCCAGCCACUGGCACAAGUACAUACACUGGCAGUUACACCGACUCCUCCAACCACUAUGUCGGCAGCCACGCCUGCACCCUCCACCCCUGAUGUGACAUCUCCUUCUGGAACAAAUGUGGCCACCUCGGAGACUGCUAAUGGCGUCAACAAGGCCAUCUUGGAUUACUUGCGAGACAAGGGGUACAAGGGUGCUGAGAAGGAGUUCCUGACUGCACUAGAGACACAGCCGGAGGCAUCCACCUCAACGUCCUCGACCUCCUCGACAAUAUCCGCUGAGGACCUGGUCAAGGCAUUAUCUGUGUAUGCGCAAAAGGCGAACCGUCCAGGCGAGAAUGCCUUCAAGGAUGCCGCGAGUGUCCUACAGGAGCUUGCCUCGAUGGGCAACCCUGCCACCAUUCAGAACCUCAUAUCUAGCAUUGAUGCUGUUGGGGCAGAGGAGAUACUGUCUCUCGAUCCCACCGACAAGCAGGAGGGCUUUCGGGAGCUCGAGGCGUGGGUGGAUGGAUCUCUUGACAUGUACCGACCUGAAUUCAGACCCAUAAUAUUCCCCAUCUUCUGCCAUUUCUAUCUCGAUCUCAUCCAGCAUGGAUUCAAGGAAGCUGCCUUGAAGUUCUACGCCGAGUUCUCACCGUCUCUAGCACCUACCCAUGCACCUACUUUGCAUCAUCUAUCAACACUGCUCCUACCCCUCCAUGUCCAGAAUGAUGAACUCGCACAGCGCUUCCGCAAUGAGAAAUACACAGUGCGUAUGAGCCGGUCAGGAUUUGGCCUCCUGGUCGGCUGGCUCACCGAAGGAGUUGGAGGAGAACCGAUGGGCUCGGGAGAGGGGUUCAGCGGCAAGAGGGGUAAGAGGGGACGGGCCGCCGUCCUGCGAGUAGUCAAUAAUCAUCUCAGGUUUGACGUCACAUCGUCGACGACGACAUCCGUGUCAGAGAAUGCAUGGGAGGAAUCCACUGGCCUCCUCACGUCCGUCAUCCCACAAGCGAGCGGCUCUUCAUCGUUCACAAAUGCACAGUCAUUCAAUGCGUCUAAAGGAGAGCUGAAGCUCGGUAUGCCAGCAAUGUCGGAAGAGCUGCGUACGGAGACGGACCGCGCGCUCAGAGAUCAGGCCCUAGUUGAGCGAGAUCCCGGCGUUCAUGACGACCUCAAAAUCCUUUACAAUCGCCCCACACAAGAAACUGGCGGGGUCCCCCAGUCUGAACUGCCACCGUAUCCACCGUCUUUCCGUACGAUGGAUAUCAAAAGGGAAGUCGAGAAGGUCCGCGAUGCACGAAAACGCAUACGGUUGGAACGCACGGAGGUGCGAACAACACAAGGUGUCGUGAAGAAUCAGCCGCUGCCGAGUAUUUGCGCAUAUACAUUACACGACGUCGGUGAGGGUGUGCCAUGUUGCACAUUCUCACAGGAUACGUCCUUAAUGGCCGCUGGCUUCUCUGAAAGCUAUAUCCGUUUAUGGAGUCUUAAAGGCGAAAAGCUUAAAGGCUACCGGAGUGACUUUAAUGCCUCUUCAAUACGUGACAUGUCAUCACUGAAAAAGAUCCGCGAGAAGGGCGGUUCAACGACCCGCAAACUCAUCGGCCACAGUGGGCCCGUCUACUCCGUUUCCUUCGACCCCACUAGUGGCUCCGCCGCGCCCCCGCGAUACCUGCUUUCCUCGUCGGCAGAUGCGACAGCACGGUUGUGGUCGCUCGACACGAUGACGAACGUUGUCGCGUACCGGGGGCACCAGAAUCCUGUGUGGGAUGUACAAUGGGGCCCGAUGGGUAUCUACUUCGCGACGGCGAGUCGCGACCGGACAGCAAGACUAUGGUCAACGGACAGGACGUCGACUCUGCGGGUGUACGCGGGGCACUUGAGCGAUGUGGACUGUGUGCGCUUCCAUCCCAACUCGAUCUACCUUGCGACGGGCUCCAGCGACUGGACAGCACGAUUAUGGGAUGUGCAGCGCGGGUCAUGUGUGCGAGUCUUCAUCGGGCACCAAGGCAUCGUCUCGACGCUCGCUUUCAGUCCCAACGGGCGGUAUCUCGCCACUGCUGGCGAGGAUCUUGCCAUCAACCUGUGGGACCUUGGCUCUGGAAAACGGAUAAAGAAGAUGACGGGGCACACCGCGUCUGUAUAUUCGCUUGCAUUCAGCGAGGAGUCGUCUAUGCUCGUCUCCGGCGGCGCAGACUGGACGGUGCGGUGUUGGGACAUUGCCGCGGCGGGCGGUCCCCAAAGUAAGGUCAAGGAGAAUGGCGUCCUCACCAAUGGGAACACCGCCAAUGGUGUCAACGGCGACGCACCCACGACGAACGGCAAGGAAGAGGAAAGCAUCGAGACGUCGGACCUGCUUGCGACGUUCCCGACGAAACGCACGCCUAUAACCAACGUGCAGUUCACACCUCGCAAUCUGUGCCUUGUCGCGGGUUCGUAUCUCAAUCCCGAGCAGCGAUGAUCUUCAAGAACGUAUCCAUUAUGUGACUAUAAUCGUAAUACCCUGCUGAUACUGCUAUGCCAUGUUGUACACCAGACUAAGAUCCACUAUGUCCGACUUGAGCCUCAAU